CUUCGCCAUGUCCCAAGCAACUUCGCCAUGUCCCGAGCAACUUCAACAUGUCCCGAAUUGAAGUAUUUCGAUUGCUCCUAGGUGCGGAGGAGGCGGUCUCCGGUCGGCGCCGCCCCAGCGGUUGUGGCAGAUGCUACAUGAUAAUGCCAGCAGAAGGCCAUCGUGUCCUGGAGUGUCCACGCAGCCCGGGACAGGGGCUGGACGGCAUGGUAGUUGGGGGCGCCGGGAGAGAUACGAUGGUAGUUGGGAGUGCUGGGCGAGACGAAACUGGUGGUCGAGAGAGGAUCCCAUUGGGACUACCAUGCCGUCUCGCCUAGCACUCCCAACUACCAUUACAUCUCUCCCGGCGCUCCCAACUACCACACCGUCUCGUCAGCCCGCCCGGUGUCUUACAGCAACCAAGUCGUCUUCAACGACGCUCACAUGCCGUUUACGUGACGGAUGCGGUACGUGCAAUUCCAUUCCGUUGUUUCUUGUACCCUGGCUUGGCCUAGUCCCAUCUCUCCGUUUGGCUGGAGAAUCGCUCUGCUACCCCUUGUCCUUCGCGCUAUUCUCACACCUCCACUGGCUACAGGUCACUAAUUCCAAUGCGUUCGAGAGCCGUUAACAUGACUGUGGUACCAUUGAGUGUCCGCACAGCCCGGGAUGAGAGCGGGACGACUUGGUUGUUACGAGCGCCUUGGGUCGAUAUGGCAGCUGGCGCUUCCAGCUACCAUAUCGACCCAGAUGUCCCAAUAAUCAAGCCAUCCCAGACGGCACUGCGAAGCCGUCUCACCCGGCGCUCCAGACGGCGCUCCCAAACACCAUGUUGUCCAAGGACAAGGUCGGGGAUAAGAAGAGGGGGGACGGGGUUUUGAUGGCUCGGAGACUUGAUAUUGUGAAGUAGGCAAAAUAUACUAAUACUCUACAACACACCAAUACGCCGAGGAUGCAUGUGAGGUCGUGCUGUCAAUUGCAAUGUCCCUUGGAUCACAAGGUUAUUUUUAUUUUCA